GCCAAGUGAUACCUGCAGCCAAGGUCUCGUUUCCUCUUAGCCCACAGUCAGUGGUGUAUACUGUGAAUGAUGCAUUGUGGGAUGAAAUAAGAUGCCGGCAGACAGGAGCUGGAGAAAAACGCUCGCGACACACGGGGAGGCUGCAGCCCAGCCAAUGGCAGCGUGCAGCAUGCAGCAGAGGGGCGGGGAGCUACUGGAGAGCACAGCACAGAGACAACCUACCUACAUGCUUAUUGUGUAAAUCUUUAAAAAGCAAUUAGCCGCAGCAUCAUCAAAAACCUUCCACCAGGCUGCGAGAUAUUCAUAAUUUUUUUUUCUGGGAAAGAAGUGCUUUCAGGCGGCUGAAGAAAAGCAGGCAUCAUCAUCAUCCUCACAAUGACUGACAGGAAAGCAGUGAUCAAAAACGCGGACAUGUCCGAGGACAUGCAGCAGGACGCAGUGGACUGUGCCACCCAGGCCAUGGAGAAGUACAACAUAGAGAAGGACAUUGCAGCCUACAUCAAGAAGGAGUUCGACAAGAAGUACAACCCCACCUGGCACUGCAUCGUAGGCAGGAACUUCGGCAGCUACGUCACUCACGAGACAAAGCAUUUCAUUUACUUCUACUUGGGCCAAGUGGCCAUCUUGCUUUUCAAGUCUGGCUGAGACGUUUCUGAGAGGUGUUGAGGAGUUACUCUCCCUGAACCUUAAAUCGGAAACGCAGUGGUGGCUGAUUUGUCCCAUACACUAAUAACGACAUACCAUAAUGAUGCAAAACUGGCCGUGCGCAGUUGCAUGGACUAUACACUAUUUAAUAUGUAUGUUACAGUAAGUUUACUUUACGAUAGUUGCCAUUUGAAUGCAACUGAAGUAGUUUUUGUUAAUGCUGUUAAAUUCUAGGUUGUAAAAGAUUUCAGUGUGGCCCUUGAUUGUACAAUAAAAAAGGAAAGCUGUAGAAUGUAGUGGUGCAUCUGCUUUCCUUCACAAAUGGCAUCGCCAGACCCCGAUGUGAGACUCCAUCUGUCGGUUUAGAUGGUAAAAUCAUGCUGCGCGCACCAGUUGUAACAAUUCAUUAUCUAAAAAAAAAAAAAUGUCAAGAUUUUAAUGUGGAUCAUGAAUAGCAGUUGGUAAAAAGGGGCAAAAUAGAAAAGCUGUUAUCUUUUUACACUUCACAGCAUCCUGUUGGUUUCAAGGAGAGCUCCAGCUGCAUCGAAAGACUUACUAUUUCAAAACAUACUUUAAUCAGACAGCAUGAGUUCGUUUUAUAGCCGCUAUUUUACUGAUUUAACAGCAUUAAGUUGUCUUAAGAUGCAUUUACAAACCCUUUAAUACUUUCAAUUUGGAUUUCCAAAAAAAUUACAGCAGCCACUUUUGGAGAAGAUGUCAAAACCUCAAAUUGACAUUUAGGAACCAAAACAGGCCAGCCAACCAGGGAUAUGAUGUUAUAGUUCUUAAAUUUUCACUGUGAAGGACGACGGAGCAAAAAAAAGCUCACAUACUCAGACCUUAACCUGUAACGUCUGAGUAAUAACGCUACAGACCGGUUACCAAAAUAUCCCGACUCCCCUAACCUAGAUUUCAGUCUUAUAAUCCUGUGUUUCUGCAUGUUUGGAGGAUAAUACCACAAUUUAUUUAACUGUCAUCACGACACGCUACACAAACGAACGCUCACCUUGGAGCUAAGUCACUUACAUUAUAACUCACAUUUAACUUUCACCUUUAAGUUUGUAGAUAUUGGACUGAGCCGAUGCGUGUCUUGUCAGCGUUCAGAAGGCGGUUUAGAUAAAACAUCCGCAGUCUACUCUACCAAGGCUACCAGCUGUCUUUCAGAUGGUUGUGUCAUCUUACGUGGCUUGUGAUACUUUUAAAGAUGUGUUACCCUCAACCUUUAUUUGCCAGUGUACUGCCAGACACGCAGGAAAGAUAAUGCAUUCGGAGUUGGGACUUACAGUUGGGAACAGGCGUAUCUCUUGUCUAGCACACUGAUUUUUUUGGGGUUUUUAUUUUCGUCUUGUCAAUAUUAAUAUUAUUCGUUUGUAAUGGAAACAUACAAUGUCUGGAUACUGGUGAAAUGUGUUCUUCGGGAGGGAAGAUUGAAGGGAAUAAUUAGUCCAUGGAGAUGGAUAACGCCACACAUUUCUCGCUGUGUGUAAAGACUGAAUGUCUUCUCAGUUCACUCCCAUACUCCAGCUGUGGGUGAAAUGUGUAUCUCUCAAGUGUUAGCUUGGAUUGACAUUGUUUUUUCGAGGGAAGUCUUCCUAACUAUUGUCAGUGUAAACUAAUUUAUUAUUGUUUUCCUCUGGCAUGUAUUUUUGCUGUGUGUAUGUAGGAGCCGUUCCGAUGCUGUUAAAUUUGCACAAAACGUGUGCCUGUCAUUGCUCUCAACUGUAACUGGCUUGAGUACAAUUGCACUUCAUUAGAGUUAUCCAGUAGGUUGCUACAGAACCAAAAUCGUAUAAACUCGAUGAAAUAAAAAUUAAUUGUUGACUUAUUA